AUGGUGGAAGCUGAAUCUCAAUCUAAUACUAUGACACGCAAGGUACGAAACCUCUUAACUAAUUCUGCUGGUUCAUUUGACAAGGAAAUCCAAUCAAGGAUCAAACAAGUCCUUCACACCUUAGAAUAUCUGGAAAGUAAAAAAGACAUACUAGGAUUGAAAGAAGGUGGGGGUGCCAGUGGAGGAUCAGUGAGAAAGUUUCCAACAACUUGCUUGGUGGAUGAAGCUGGAAUUUAUGGUAGAAAUGGAGAUACAGACGCCAUCAUUGAUGACUGGUUGCUAUCACAACAAUAUAAUAGCAGUCAGCUUUCUGUCCUUUCCAUUAUGGGUAUGGGAGGAUUGGGUAAAACCACUCUUGCUCAAUGUAUUUACAAUGAUGUGAGAGUGCAAGAUGAAUUUAAGCUCAAAGCAUGGGUGUGUGUUUCUGAUAACUUUGAUGUCACCAGGGUGACUGGAGCAAUUAUUGAGGCAAUAACUUUGUCUAAUGAUGAUAGUAAAGAUUUAAAUGUGCUACAAAAUAAAUUGAAGGGAAUGUUGAUAGGAAAGAGAUUCCUCCUUGUCUUGGAUGAUCUUUGGAACGAGAAAUUUAUUGAAUGGGAGGCCUUACAUACCCAUUUCAAAUUUGUGGCUUCUAGAAGCAAAAUUCUUUAUGCUUUGCUUGAUGGAGAUGCCCCCUUUUCAAAUCCUAAUUUUGAAGCUAUUGGCAAGAAAAUUAUUGAAACAUGUAAGGGGUUGCCUUUGGCGUUAAAGACAAUUGGGAGCCUACUGUACACAAAGUCAUCUAUUGAGGAAUGGAACGACAUUUUGAAAAGUGAGGUAUGGGAGGAGGGUACCAAUAUUCUUCCUCCUGCAGCUUUAAGAUUGAGCUACCAUCACCUUCCAUCUCUUCUCAAGAGAUGCUUUGCUUAUUGUUCUGUAUUUCCCAAAGAUUAUGAAUUUAGCAAAGAGCACCUUGUUGAGUUGUGGAUGGCUGAGAAUUUUUUUAGUGCACAACAAGGAAAAGAGUUAAAGGAUGUAGGAGAUAAGUUGUUUCAUGAUCUCUUAGCAAGAUCGUUUUUUCAGCAAGCAAGUGGAGAUAAAAUGUCUUACAUCAUGCACGAUCUUAUUAAUGAUCUAGCAAAGAAUGUUUCUGGAGACUUUUGUUUUAUGUUGCAGGAAGGUAAAGCACGAUAUGCCUCGAAAGCUACUCGCCACUUUUCAUACACAGAGAGCAUUUGGGUGAUUCUGCUAAAAAAUUUGAAGUUAUAUGCGAUACUAAGAAAUUGCGCACUUUCAGGCACGAUUCAUGGCUAUGCAAACAUUAUUGAAUUGCCCAAGUCUAUUGACAAUCUCAAACAUCUAUGUUAUUUGAAUAUUUCAAAAACUCCAAUAAAAAGAUUACCAGAUUCAAUCUGCUUACUUUACAACUUGCAAACAUUAAGGUUGGAGUUUUGUAAGGAUUUGGAAGAAUUGCCAAAUGAUUUGCAUAAACUAAUAAAUUUGCAACAUCUUGAUUUUCGUGAAACUAAGUUUGCUGAUAUUGGUCUUGUUGACUCUUCUCGGAUUCAUCUCAAAUGCAAGCUUCCUCUGUUUUGCUACAACGAAACAGAGCACUGGUUUCGCAGGGUUUCUGCCAAAAAAAUCUCGCAGGGUUCCAUGAAACUACCGAGGACCUCUAAAGAUUUGCAGCAGCUUAGAGUCUUUAGAGGUCCAAAAUGA